GGUCGAGGAAGUAAACUUUGUUUCUGCGGCGCCGAGUCGGGAUUUUGGCACCACGAAAAAAUUCAUCGACCAGAGCCAGCUCCACCACCGCUUCUCCAUCUUCGCGCUCACCUGCAGAUCCCAGCACCCAGUCAUGGCUUUUGUUCGGCCUACCAUCGGGCUGACGGCGUUGCAGCAGACGUCUGCAGCGGCAGUGCGGUCAUUGCACUCCUCUGCUCCGCUGCUCAGGGCUCCCGUCUCCAUCGUCGACCCCGUCCACCACCGCAUCCGCUACAAGAAGACCAUCCUUCAUCCAAAGUACCAGAAGAUGCUCACCACCCCGAAAUGGGAUCCUCGCUCUCAUCUUUUUAAGCCGUGCGACCUACACCCGCGUCGCCUGCUAAAGCACUGGGAAAACACCCUUGCGCCUGACCUCAUGCUCGCAAACUACGUCCACAACGAGGUCCGAAUCCGCGGCCGCAAGCACCAGGAGUGGGAUGGCUCCUCGCCAUACCAUGUCAAUCGUCCGAAACGAGCUCCGGCCGGAAACGCAGAGGCUACGCCAGAUAUCCUUCCCCGGACGUUUGAGAACGUGCCCAACCUGACCGCCAUAUGGGUGAACACAUUCAACCACGGCGCCGUCGUCGACCACCAGGAGCGCAAUAUUCCGGCGAUGGUCAUGCUGCAGCAAAUCACCGGAAAGAAGCCCAAGCCUGCAUACUCCGGAGCCUCGGUUCUGCAGUGGAAGCUGCGGAAAGGCCGACAGGUCGGUGCCGUCGUCAAGCUCACUGGUGCCGAUAUGGACCAGUUCAUGAGCACGCUGGUCGAGAUCGUCUUGCCGCGAGUCAAGAACUUUGCGGGAAUCGCAAAUAGCUCUGGCGACAAGUUUGGAAACAUCUCGUUCGGUCUCACGCCCGAGAGCUUGUAUCUGUUCCCCGAGCUCGAGGGAAACCCGGAUCUGUGGACCGAUGUCGUCGGUGUCAACAUCACUUUUGUCACAUCAGCACAGACAGACCCCGAGGCCCGCCUGAUGCUCUCUUCGUUCGGAAUCCCCUUCUACGGCCGCGAGAGAUUCCACAACGUGCCCAGUCUCACUGGCGCCAAGCAGACGAGAAAGAAGGGUAUUGUUUACUACGAAAACAGUCAGGAGUAGACAACCUGCUCUUUAUCGACUCACGGGAGGUUUUCGUUAAAUUCAAUGUAUAUAUUGUUGCGCGGCGAAAUAGUUUUGGUUUUGGAAUUUUUACAGUUAAUGAGAAGA